CUAUUUGCACACACACCUGUUUGAUUUAUUUGAUUUUUACCUGUUUUUUAUCAUUGAAAAUGUUCAGAAAUAAUUAUGGUUUUUCGUUGCUGCUAUCGUUGACCAUUCAUCUGACCAUUAUCAUCGCUGUUGUAAAUUCAAUAAAAUUUCAUGAUUGUAGUGGUGCAUUAGUACAGACCGUAUCAUUGGAUGGAUGUGCGGAUGAUGCACAAAUAUGUAAAUUUAAUAAUAAAAAAAAUUCACCAAAUAAUAGAACAUUAAUCCUUCGUUAUCAUGUUGAUCUGAUUGCCAAUCAAAUUACUGAUCAAAUUCGAUUGGAAAUAUCGAUAAAAUCACGUUAUAAUCAUAUACCACCCAAUGAUGAUGAUGAUUAUGAUCGUUUAGCUAUUUUUGAUAAUCUUUGUCAAACAAACCAGGAUAUUUGUCCUACAAAUUUUAAUGUACUUUAUCAUUUUUGUUAUGGUUUUCGUUUGGAUAAUGUAACAUUAUUGCAUAAUAAACAUAAUCAAGAGAUUAUUAUUAAAAAUCAAUAUUAUUCAUCAAAUAAUAAUAAUCUUUUAGCUUGUUUUCAACAUUCAAUAAUGUUAUUAGAUGAGCCUGAUACUUUACCGAUGGCCGUGUUAAAAAAUUAAAAUAAUUUUUGAAUACGAAUUAACAUCACCGGAUGGCAGCACCUUGUUCAUAAAUUGUAAAAAAAUGAAUAAAAUUUCAAAUUUUUUUUUUUUGGCUUGCCUAUUUUAA